CUCAAAUGUCUGUUUACAUCACGGCAGAGCGUUCCUAACUGAAGAACCGGCCAAACUGGCCCGAUCAGUUUUGGUUUUAGCUUCAAAUUUAUCAAUUACGAUUCAAAAAUCGAACUGAACCGAACCAAAAAUAAACCGACCAUGAUUGGUUUAACUUCUGUGUGGUUAGGCGUCGGUGUUUGAAUCUUCUCCACCCAGAGGGGCGGUCCGGUUUCUGGUUCCAGCCAGUCGGUUCAAUUAACCGAACCGUACCCCAUCUCUAGUUCACAUUUACCAAUUUUAAGUAUAUUUUUGGCUGUGUACUAAUGUAUGGAUGGUGCCCACGUCUUAUAUUCUACUUGUUCGAAACGUAUUGAAGCAGCACUGCACUUGCUCUGAUACCAUCUUAAGUUCAAUGAUUGAUACUACGUGGAAUGAGGGAGACAUGCACGCGGUUGUACCUAAAUUUCUCUCUCUGAUGAACGAGUCCACCUACGCACUUCUAUGAGCCCAUAAACACAUCACAAGUCGAUAUCCCCCCACUACAUGGGCGUGCUUUACUUUUUCUUCAUCCGUUACUUUAUGCUCAACGAGGAGGAGAGAUUCAAACUCGGGUUUUAUGCAUGACAAGCCAGAGGCUUCAAGAGCAAGUCAGACCAGGAGGUUUAUUUUUUCUACUGAGCUUAAUCUACUGACUGCAGAGUUUAAGCUCACUGAGACGCAAUAAUGGAAGAUGGUUUCUGGACCUCAUUGAUCUGCAGUAGUUUCAACUGUUCAACUGAGGCUGGAAAUGACUGCAGUUCUAGCUUUUCAGCCAUUAACAAUCCAGAUUCAUGUAUCAACAAUAUUUUGGUCAUUGCAGCUGAUAUUUUGCUUCUGUUCAUCUUGUUAUGUAUGUUCAUAUGCAAAAUAUCGUCAAAGAAGGUUAUAGCGCCAUCUCAGUCUCGAGCCUUCUCUCCAGUGUCCAUAAUCUCGGCUGCCUUUAAUGCUGCUUUGGCUUUGGCCUACUUUGGUUUUGGGAUCUGGACAAUCUUCGAGAAAGUAAAUGCAGAACAGACUGUUUUUCCCCUCCAUGGAUGCCUAGUUUUGCUGUUUCAAGGGUUCACAUGGUUGCUUCUGGCUUUUACCAUAAGCCUAAGCAACCCACAACCCCAACAUAUUGUGAUAGCGAAGUCUUGUUCGAUACUGGCCUUCUUAACUGCAGUUUUUCUUUGCAGUUCAUCAAUUGGAAAAGCUAUUGUUGAUGAGGAAGUAUCGGUAAAGACUGUUUUAAACAAGCUUUAUGUCCCUGGAUCAAUUCUUUUGCUAUUUAGUGCUUUUCAGGGAAGCGAUUGUUCGAAAGGCAAUUCAGAAAUCCACGAUGAUGCCUUCUACACACCUUUGCAAGGUGCAGAAUCCAAUAUCAUUGGUGAAAUCAGUUCAAAUGACAAUUUGACUCCUUUCGCAAAAGCGGGGUUAUUUAGCUCAAUGUCAUUUUGUUGGUUAAAUCCAUUAAUGACGAAAGGUAAGCAAAAGAUUCUGGAGAAUGAAGAUAUUCCACAACUGCGAGAGGGUGAUCAAGCACGAACGUGGUACUUAAUAUUUAUGGAGCAAAUGAACAAAAGGAAGGAAGGAGAUCUGUCUGUUCAAUCGUCUAUCUUGCCCAUUAUUUUUCAUUGCCAGAGGAAAGCUAUUUUGAUUUCGGGAUUAUUCGCGUUGAUCAAGACUCUCACCACGACAACUAGUCCACUGUUUCUCAUAGCCUUUAUUAAGAUUAUUGAAGGCAAUGCAGCUUUUAAGUAUGAAGGUUAUGCACUGACACUUGGUCUCUUCGUUGCGAAAAUUGUGGAGUCACUGUCGGAGAGGCAAUGGUUCUUUAAAACUAGAUUGAUAGGGCUCCAAGUGAGAUCAUUGGUAUCAGCAGCAGUAUAUCAGAAGCAACUGCGACUCUCAAAUUCUGCUAAGCUGACUCAUUCUCCUGGUGAGAUAGUGAAUUAUGUAACGGUGGAUGCUUACAAAAUUGGGGAGUUUCCAUACUGGUUUCAUCAGAUAUGGACCACAAGCCUUCAGAUUUGCCUAUCAUUACUUAUUGUUUACUUCUCUGUGGGGCUGGCGACUGCUGCAGCUCUAAUUGUACUCAUAUUAACUGUGCUGGCAAGCUCGCCAUUGGCGAAGUUGCAGCAUGAGUAUCAAACAGAGCUCAUGACAGUGCAAAACAGGAGGCUGAAGGCCAUUACGGAAGCACUUUCAAAUAUGAAGAUUUUGAAGUUAUAUUCAUGGGAGACAAAUUUUAAGAAUGUCAUAGAAGGUUUACGAACGGAAGAACUAAAAUUGAUAUAUAAAGUGUUGUGGCAAAAGGGAUAUCAUAUAGCUCUAUUUUGGGCAUCUCCACUUUUGGUAGCAGCGGUUACAUUUUGGACAUGCUACUACCUUGGGAUUACACUAUCUCUUGGUAAGGUGUUCACAUUUCUAGCAACUUUACGCCUUGUUCAGGAGCCAAUUAGGUUGAUUGCAAAUGUUUUCGGGGCAUUUAUUGAAGCAAAGGUUUCAUUUUCUCGGAUUGUGAAGUUUCUUGAUGCACCAGAGUUGGAGAAUAGAACUACAAGGAAAAAGAGCUGCGGUACAGAUGUUGAGCAUUCUGUUUUCUUUAGAUCUUCUGAAAUUUCAUGGGAUUCUAGUAGUUCUACAAACGUUACAUUAAAAAGCAUCAAUUUGGUGGUGAAAGCGGGAGAAAAAGUAGCAAUUUGUGGAGAGGUUGGCUCAGGUAAAUCAACCCUUUUAGCUGCAAUUCUUGGAGAAGUUCCACAUAUCAACGGCAUUGUUCAAGUAUACGGGAAGAUAGCGUAUGUUUCUCAGUCUGCAUGGAUCCAAACAGGAACUAUAAAAGAAAAUAUUCUGUUUGGGUCUUCCAUGGAUUGCGCUAGAUACCAACAAACGCUUGAGAAGUGUUCCCUUGUGAAGGACCUUGAAAUGCUUCCAUUCCGUGAUCUAACUCAGAUAGGAGAAAGAGGUGUCAAUCUAAGUGGAGGGCAGAAGCAGCGUAUUCAACUUGCACGGGCACUCUAUCAAAAUGCUGAUGUCUACCUCUUGGAUGACCCUUUCAGUGCAGUUGAUGCCCAUACGGCGACAAGCCUUUUCAAUGAAUAUGUAAUGGGAGCUCUGUCAGGGAAGACGGUUUUACUUGUGACGCACCAAGUAGACUUCCUUCCAGCUUUUAAUUCGAUUUUGUUGAUGUCUUCGGGGAAAAUUCUGAGAGCAGCUCCUUAUGAAGAGUUGAUGUCUUCUUGCCAAGAGUUCCAAGACCUUGUCCAUGCACAUCAUGGCACUUCUGGUUGCGGGAGGCGAGUGGGAUACACUUCUACUGGAAAACAUAAAUCAUCCUCGGAGGAGAUUGAGAAAGUUAAAAAUGAGGAACAGAAAAAAGAAUUUUCCGGUGAUCAAUUGAUUAAGCAAGAAGAGAGGGAAACAGGAGACACCGGUUUCAAGCCAUACAUUCAGUAUUUGAAACAACGCAAGGGAUUUUUGUACUUCUCAUCUUCAAUCUUUUUUCAUUUGAUAUUCAUAGUUGGGCAACUAAUCCAAUCAUAUUGGUUGGCUUCCAAGCUUCAGGAUUAUAGCGUAUCGAGAGUCAAACUCUUCACUGUUUAUACAAUAACCAUGUGCAUCAUGUCAUUUGCUUUGCUUCUUCGGUUCUUCGGUUUAGUUGGAUUAGGAUGUGGAGCAUCAAAAUCCAUUUUCCACACACUACUCAACUCGCUUUUCCGAGCACCAAUGCUCUUUUAUGACUCGACACCAGUGGGAAGGAUAAUUAGUCGGGUCUCUAAUGAUAUGAACGUCAUCGACCUUGAAUUAGCUUUCAAGUUGGGAAUUUCUGUUGGUUCAACUUUGACUGCAUACAGCAUAUAUAUAGUUAUGGUUUCGAUUACUUGGCCAAUCGUGUUUCUGAUUAUACCCACGAUUUAUGUCACUCUACUACUUCAGAAAUACAACUUUGCUUCUGCAAAAGAGUUGAUGCGAAUGAAUGGCACGACUAAGUCUGCACUUGCAAGCCACCUUGCUGAAUCUAUUGCUGGAGCCUUGACAAUCCGAGCUUUUGGAGAGGAGGAUCGAUUCUUCUCAAAAAACUUGGAAUUUAUCGAUCUAAAUGCUAGUGCCAACUUCAAUAGCUUUUCAGCAAAUGAGUGGUUGAUCCAACGUCUUGAAAUACUUUGUGCAAUUGUUCUCUCAGCCUCGGCAUUUGCCAUUACUUUGAUUCAGUUUGAUGCUUCUUCUUCUGGUUUUAUUGGGAUGGCACUGUCAUUUGGUCUGUCAUUAAAUGUAUUCAUCGUAUUUUCGGUCCAAGUUCAAUGCAUGCUAGAGAACGCAAUGAUUUCGGUAGAAAGGGUAGAGCAAUACAUGAGUAUUCCCAGUGAGGCUCCAGAAAUAAUCGAAGAAAACCGACCUGCGAACAAUUGGCCAACUGUUGGUAAGGUGGAAAUACAUGAUUUAAAGGUAAGAUAUAGGCCAAAUGCUCCGCUAGUUCUUCGUGGGAUAAACUGCGUGAUUGAAGGAGGGGACAAAAUUGGGAUUGUUGGCCGGACUGGAGGCGGAAAGACAACUCUUAUAAGCGUUUUGUUUCGUCUGGUAGAACCUACAGAAGGAAAGGUCAUUGUGGAUAACUAUGACAUUUGUAAAAUUGGCCUUCAUGAUCUAAGAUUACGUUUUGGGAUCAUACCACAAGAUCCAACAUUGUUUAGUGGAUCUGUGAGAUUCAAUCUAGACCCGUUAUCGAAGCAUACUGAUCACGAAAUAUGGGAGGUUCUUGAGAACUGUCAGUUACGCAAGGCCAUUGAAGAAAAAGAAGAGGGCCUGGAUUCUUUAAUUGUACAAGAUGGAACAAACUGGAGCAUGGGACAGCGACAACUAUUUUGUUUGGGUCGCGCUUUGUUGAAGAGGAGCCGGAUACUAGUCCUCGAUGAAGCUACUGCAUCAAUGGACAAUACAACAGACUCUAUUCUGCAGAAGACUAUAAGAACAGAAUUCGCAGACUGCACUGUGAUAACCGUGGCUCAUAGGAUACCUACUGUGAUGGACUGUACUAAAGUUCUUGCUAUUAGUGACGGGAGAUUAGUAGAGUAUGAUGAGCCACUGAACCUGAUGAAACAUGAGGGCUCACUAUUUGGGCAGCUUGUCAAGGAAUACUGGUCUCGCGCAGCGAAUUCCAGCAUUGUCUCAGACAAUUGCUAGGGGAAGGUAUUGCAGUUGCAAACAUUGCAGAGAAGUUUAGCAACCAAGGUAAUUGGGGUGGUGUUCUUGUUUAUGUGGUACAGUUAUUACGCUACUGAUUAAGCUAUGGGGAUGAUCUUUUGCCUUAACUUUUCUGGAGGACUUUUGUCAGACAGAUAAUCCAACGAAAGCUUCCAAAUAAAUUUUGGAACAUUAUAAGUAGCAGAUGAAAGAGUACGGGAAAUAGCUUUCACUCGC